AUGCUUUUUGCCUCGCUCAGCCCGAUCACGUCGCUUGAUACGCAUAGCGAAGGUGAACAGGCUUGUUCGAACUCGGUUGUCACCGGCUCCCAUCUUCGAUUUAAGAGCGCCGGCGAACCAAGCAGCAGUCGAUGGUUUCCGGCGACAUUUAAAGGUAAGCAAUCGUCGUCAGCGGUGUCUGAUCAAAGGCAAAUCUUUGGCCCUUCACCGUCUGUUUGUUCCGGCAAACAGCACGACGCCAAAUGA